CCCGGGAUGGCGCGCCCGCGGCCCCGCGAAUACAAAGCGGGAGACCUGGUUUUCGCGAAGAUGAAGGGCUACCCGCACUGGCCCGCCCGGAUUGAUGAACUCCCAGAGGGAGCUGUGAAGCCUCCAGCCAACAAGUAUCCCAUCUUCUUUUUUGGUACCCAUGAAACUGCAUUUCUAGGUCCUAAAGACCUUUUCCCAUAUAAGGAAUACAAAGACAAGUUUGGAAAGUCAAACAAACGGAAAGGAUUUAAUGAAGGAUUAUGGGAAAUUGAAAAUAACCCAGGAGUGAAAUUUACUGGGUACCAGACAAUUCAGCAGCAGAGCUCUUCAGAAACUGAGGGAGAAGGUGGAAAUACCGCAGAUGCAAGCAGCGAGGAGGAAGGCGAUAGAGUGGAAGAUGGAAAAGGCAAAAGGAAGAAUGAGAAAGGAGGCUCAAAACGGAAAAAGUCCUACACUUCAAAGGUCACUGACAACCUCCCUCCCACUGUUCAUUUCUCAUGCAUGUUCACUAAAGGUUUUCAUCUGGGUAGGAGAAGUCUUCUAAACAGUCCCGGAAAUCUCCAGGAGAUGAAGAUGAUAAAGACUGCAAAGAAGAGGAAAACAAAAGCAGCUCUGAGGGCGGAGAUGCCGGCAAUGACACAAGAAACACGACUUCAGACUUGCAGAAAGCCGGUGAAGGGACCUAACUACCGUAAUGAAUGCUGCAUAUUGAGAGAAACCACAAGAAGGUUAAAUGUUUGAUUGUCUAAUUCUUGGAUUUGCUAUGAACCAACACAUAGUCUUUGUUGUCACUGACAGAACCCACCCAGUGUGUGUGCAUAGUCACAUUCCUCUCUGGUCUGAAGGAAAAAAAAAGACACUUUGACCUUUUUUAAGGUUAUUGACUUAAUUUUAUGUUAUUCGGUUGCAUGAAGUUUCCCUUAACCACUAAGAAUUAUCAAGAUUUUUGCACAGACUUUUCCAUGUCUAAGCUCCUUUUCCAAGGCAGUUUUGGUCAUCAGCUUCCUGCCUCUACCCCACCAUCAUCAAAUACUCAGUUAAAUAGUAAUUCAUAUUUUUAGAUGACUACUCAACAUAAUACUUAAGGAUGGGAUUUUCUUUCUAACAGAACCCAAGAGCCAACUUCUAGCUACAUACUGUUGGUAUUUGGAGUGGAGUUAAAGUCAUCUCUCAGUCUGAAGGCCAUGUGUAAACUUUAACCAUACUGUACAGUUCCUGUUCUGUAUUAGAAGUAGACAGUUGAAACUCACGCUUCUCAACUCAUGUUGCUGUGUGCACAACCUGAGUGUGUAUGUGAACCUAGUGAGUCUUUUGUGUUAUACCCAAAUAAAGCAAGGAUUUAUUUUUUCCCAAUGCCAAUAUGAUUUGAGCUAAUCAAUCAAGGUAGUGACUUUACACUUGACAGCUGAAAUCAGCAGAAGCACUGUGGGAAACAGACAAAACAUUGACUCUUGAUAUAGACUUUUAACAUAAACUUUUCUUUUUGGAACUAGAAUUAGAGUAGUUAACUUUCAUCCACAGAUGAUUAUUAUGUGUACAUUAUUGUCGCUAUUGUGAUAAUAGAGUCUUAUUUAUUUUUAUGCCAGCUUAUACUGUGAGAACACAUUAGUCAGUUUGGGUUUCAUCAGCUCUGUUAUGCUUGUCCUUGGAACAUCUUCCGUGUAUGUUUGAGGUUUGUAGCUGAAAAGUUUACUGUAAAAAAAAUCAAAAACAACAAAAAAAUGUAUUGUUUUUACAGAAUAAAUUUAUUGGAAUGUAUACUGGGAGUAAGGUUUGAGGUUGUAAACAACUGAGUUAGUGUUAUUUGGUUUCAUACGUGUAAUGUGAAGUAUUGAUGUAAUUCCUAUAUUAAAGCAAAGAUUGACAGCAAAUUGACAUAAGUAUUAAGUGUAGGUGAGGAUUUUAUUUUUUCUAUCUUUUUCUUUUUAACUAUUCUGGCUAUUAGGUUAAUUGAAAACACUGGGAGGGACAGGAGGGAAUGAGUGUGACCUGCCCGCAUGUCUGAGAGCACAGCAGCUCCGUGGACCCUGGGUCCACAGCCUUAUGUGCAUCACUUUCUUUUGGUUUCUUAUUUUAUUGAAGAACAAAUGAACAUGAAGACAAAAUAUAUGAAGAUCUAAAAGCCCAGUGUCGUGAUGAUGAAGGUGAUGCUGGGCUGGGGGAGUUACUCCUUCAGGGCAUACCGAGGAGGCUACUGUGCUUUCGGCUUGUUUCUGUCAUUCAGCAAUUAGUGGUUUCUCUGUUGUUCGCACACAGUUCCAAAUACCGAAAGUUCAUUAAGAGACAGGGUGCCACAUCAGGUUUUAACUUUAAAAGGUACUUUUUAAUUUUAAAUAUUUUAUUCUAAAAUUAGUGAAAUUCGCCAGAAGACCUCUUCAUUGAUCACACUAAAACAUAUGGAGAAUGUGGAUAACAUUUUAAAUUGGAACAUAUAACAGAUUUCUUAAAUAAAAAGUUCAAAAUUUGUCAUGAAAUGUAUACAUCAAAUGCUUCAAAUUUAAUAAAGUUUGUCUUCAUAAAACAACAAAAAUAAUUUUGUUGAAAGUAUACACAGAAGAGAAAUAUUACCAGCCACCAGUAAAACAAGUAUCCAUUAAGGAUACUAAUAAGGUUGAUUUGUGUCAGCUAUUUAAAUUCACAAUGGAAGUUUGGAUAGCAACUUUUUAAAACAACAGUAAUGUACUUUCCUUAUGAAGACACUUCAGACAACUUAAGAAUAUUAUGCUAAUCUGGCAUUUAUAUAAGGUUGUCAAUGAGUUGUACAUUUCAUGUGAAGAAGUUAUUUCUCCAACCUGUAUUUGCUGUUUUGAGUUCUUUCGUGUGCAUAGUGAAUAUGGUUAGUCACUUCUGAAUAGUUUGAUUCUGUGCUAUUUGUAGGCACCGGAGUUGUAAUUUUCACACAGUAUGUGCAAUGUUAAGAUCCAUGGUCACAUUCACAAACAGAUUUUGACAUAUUUCUUUAACAGGCCGUUGCUCACCUUCAGUUUCCCUUCAACAGAGAGAAUAUACCAUACACAUGCCCUUAUUCCCACUCACACCCACGCCGCAGAGCACGAGUCUGAUUCUCGUGUUAUCAUGGAUGGGAAUGAGUAGAGCAUCCGUUCCAUCUAACAGGACCAGAGAUAACGUGAGGUGUAGUUAUUCCACCUUCUCAUCUGCCUUUGUUCUCAUGAAGAACUCGGGACUGUAGGUGCAGCGGUAGGCCAAGAGCUGAGGAAGAACGCCGUAUGCUAUGUUUAAGGCUAAAAACAGGACUUUUGCUUCUUCGGGGACUCUGUAGACAUAAGCAGUUCUAGCAUGGAGAGAAGCACCAAUGUGGGAAAACUGCGCCUGUUUGCAUCAAAACAAAAGAUUAGCAUGAGAACUGACUCUUGGAUUGAUGAUGAAUUCUAGGUGACUCACUCAGACCAUGUCCCCUCAAAACCUGCCUUAAAAGCAAAAUACCUGUAGAUAACCACAGUCUCAAUACAUAGCCUUUUACUUAAAGUUCAUUCUUGAUAUAACUAUUAAAUAAUGCCUCCUAUUUCAAGUGUGGUUUUAUCGUUCCAGGGCUUUGUUUUUUAACCUAUCUAGUGCUCAAUACCAAACAUUUCUAAUUUGAAUUCUAGGAAUACUACAUAGAUACUCAGCUAACUCAUAAAUUGGGUUCCAAUUAUAAAUGAAGUUGAGCUUCAGAGCUAAACUGUAGUUAGUAUAACAAGGUACGUACAGAGGAGCACUGAGGAUCUCCGUUUCAGUGAUCAGACUGACAACUGAAGCAGGUUCCAGAGCCCCGUCAACAUGUCGUUUUGUUUAGUCAUGUAUUUAGUUUUGCACAACUUAAUAGCACUGUGGUUGUUUGUAAGAUACACUUGUUAAUAGCUUGGCUGUCGAUAGCAGUAUGAUUAUAAAAUGACAAAAUAUAUACACAGGCAACCUUUUUAAACCAGCCAGAAAUCUACUCAGAAUUGUGAGUGGCCAGCAUAAUCCAAGUUUCAGAACAGAAAGGCAAGACCUCCCUCUGUUUAUAUACACAGACUCUAUCCAGAAUGUGCCUGCUGAGUUUUGCUUGACUCAUUUGUUUUUAGUACUUUUCAUAAGCACAGAGAAAAACUAUUAGAAAAGUAAUACAGGCCAUAGCAGGAUUAAAAAAUCAAGAAAAUAUUUUCUCAGAAAACUUGUGUUAUAAUAAAAUACAAACCCAAGUCUGCAUUUUUAUGUUUGGCUGAAAUUCCCGUGGCGUGUUGACAAGGACCAACAAGCGCAUCGCCUGCCUGUGAUCCACAGGCGCUGAGGGCUCUGCCUCAGACACACUUCCCUAGGGCAGAUGGCCAAAGGCCCAGUAAGUGUUUGCAUCUCAGGGCUACACAGACAAGAGACCUUGAGUAAAGGGCACUUUGGAGGCUGCCUUGAGGAACUGCGGUUGCGAACAGUCUGGGAAUUCUAAACAAAACCUUGGCUCCUGACAUUUUUUUCUCUGGGCCCUACUUUAAAUAGCUGUUGAUCUGAAUAUAUAACCAUUUUCUUCUGGACUAGAGGCCAGUUUUGAACUCUGGUUUUGUCAGAUUUGUGGGUUUAGUGAUUCUAUCCCUAUAGAUUAUUGUGUACAUCAUAGAACGACCAGAAAGAUGGCACCCACAGUUUCCAAGAAUGAGAAACAUGCGUUGUGUGCACUUGUGUGGGCAAGCCUGCCCGAAAGGUCAGUGAGUCUGUGGGCCCUUCCUGCACUACACAGUGCAGAUAAUACCUCAUUUUCAUGAACAGUGAGCUCAUGGCAACAUUAGAAAAAUGACUUCUGUCCUUAGAUUAGAUUGUACGCCCAUUGGGCAGAUACUGUGUCUAAUGUUUUGUGUGGCA